AUGUCUAGUGAUCAGAUAGUGUAUUGUGCUGGUCUUCAGUGUGGUAAGGAGACUACCUCUCAAUUAAAAUGUCCUAUUUGUUUGAAAUCUGGUAUUGAAUCUGUCUUCUGUGAUGAAUCAUGUUACAAGGACAACUACAAAGCUCAUAAGGCUUUACAUUACAAAGAUGGUGAUGAUGACAAAGCCUCUUACGAUCCUUUCCCAAAGUUCAAGUAUACUGGUGAAUUGAGAGCUUCUUAUCCGUUGACUUCAAAGAGAUAUGUUCCUGAAGAGGUUGUUAAACCUGAUUGGGCUGCUAAUGGGUUGCCUAUUGCAGAACAAAGAAAUGAUAGAUUGAACAAGAUCCCUGUUUACAAUAAGGACCAGAUCAAGAAGAUCAGAAAAGCUGCUAUGUUGGGUCGUGAAGUCUUGGACAUUGCUGCUGCUGCUGUUAAGCCUGGUAUUACCACUGAUGAAAUUGAUGAAAUUGUACACAAUGAAACUAUCAAGAGAAAUGCUUAUCCAUCUCCAUUGAAUUAUUAUAAUUUCCCAAAAUCUGUUUGUACUUCUGUUAACGAAGUUAUUUGCCAUGGUAUCCCAGACAAAACCGUAUUGAAAGAAGGUGAUAUUGUCAAUAUUGAUGUAUCUUUAUUCCACGAUGGAUUCCAUGCUGAUUUAAAUGAAACUUAUUACGUUGGUGAAGAUAUUUCGAAAGAGGCUAUUAACACUGUUGAAACUUCAAGAGAAUGUUUGAAAGCUGCCAUUAAACGUUGUAAGCCAGGUGCCACUUUCCAAGAAUUAGGUGAUUAUAUCGAAAAACAUGCUAAAGAAAAUAAAUGUUCAGUAGUAAGGACUUAUUGUGGUCAUGGUGUUGGUGAAUAUUUCCAUUGUUCACCAAAUAUUCCACAUUACGCUAAAAACAGAACCUCUGGUAUCAUGAAACCAGGUAUGGUCUUUACAAUCGAACCAAUGAUCAAUGAAGGUGUUUGGAAGGACGUUACUUGGCCAGAUGACUGGACUUCUGUCACUCAAGAUGGUAAAUUGAGUGCUCAAUUUGAACAUAUGUUGCUAGUAACAGAACAUGGUGUUGAAUUAUUGACCGCCAGAAACAAGAAAUCCCCUGGUGGUCCAAGACAAAGAAUUAAAUAA